AUGCCCCUACGGCCGUUAGCACGUGGAUCAGAGCAAGAUGGCCGACCAAAUAGCGAAGCAAUACAUACUGGUGUUUCUUGUGUUUCUUUGUGCGUCCUCCCCCCCUACAUACCAACCAUUGACACGAUUGAAAGGCCUCGAGACAUUGUCAUCCAACAGUAUUUCAAGUUAGGUCUGGAUUAURUGGAAAUUCUAGCGUUUUUGGCACUAUAUCAUGGUAUCCAUUUAAGCCUUCGCCAGUUAAAGCGUAUUUUGAAAGAGAGAAACCUAAGUAGAAGAAAGAACCAGUCCAAUCCUAUGGAGGUCAUUAAUGCUAUUGAAAUGGAAAUUAAAGGGAGCGGAAGCUGUGUAGGCUACAGGCAAAUGCAUCAACUUAUAAGAAGCAAGUAUUCCAUGGUAACAUCAAGAGAAAUUGUCCGUAUGGUAUUAAAAGAACUUGAUCCAGGGUUGAAAACCGAUGGAUACGACAAACUAAAACCAUUUGGAUUUUGCAUACAUGGAGCCAUUGAUGGAUAUAGCCGCCGAAUACUUUGGCUUCAAAGGAUUGAAGCAUGGUGGUCGCACCUUAGGAAGAGUAACUCAGAUUGGUGGAUUACUUUUUUUAAGCAAUUACGAGAAUCUGGGCAAUAUAAUGAUAACAAUCCAAUGGAGGUAGAGUGUCUGAAAUUUUGUUUUAUGCCAAUCAUACAAGAGGAACUUUACUGUGUUGCUAAACUGUGGAACACUCAUCGUAUACGAAAGUGUUCAAAUCCAAAUUCUCCAAAUGGGAUACCGGAUGUGCUGUAUUUUUUKCCUKAAACAACAGAUACUCAGUGSUAUAAAGUCCAUAUUAGUGAGGAUGACAUUGAGAUUGCAGAUGAGAUAUGUUGUGAGGAAUCACUGAUUAGAGGUUGCAGUCAAGAUUUUAAUGAGUUGGCUACAAUGGUUAUGGAAGAUGGGGGUCUCACUAAUGCCAGGAAUGCAAAUGAAGCUUUAAAUUUGUACUUAAACAUUCUUUCACAUCUCAACAACUUGUCAUAA